CUGCCCCGUCACCACCGCCGCGCCCCGGAGCGGCCGUGCCCCACAGCACCGCGACCCACGGCUGUGGGGACAGCGCUACGGGGACACCGCAUGGCUGCGGGGACAGCGCUGUGCCCCACUUCGGGACACCCCACUGCUAUGGGGAUACUGCAUUGCUAUGGGGAUAGCGCUGUGCCCCAUACCGGGACACCCCAUGGCUAUGGGGACAGUGCUGUGUCUCUCUCCAGGACACCCCAUGGCUGUGGGGACAUUGCCGUGGGGACAGCGCUUUACCCCAUUCUGGGAUCCCCCACGGCCGUGCCCCAUUGCAGGACCCCCCACGGCUGUGGGCACAGCACGGCUCCUGCCCCACACGACCCCAUGGCUCGGGGAGUCCCCGCUGUCCUCCGUCACCUCCUCUGCCCCCAGCGUCGCGCCUGGCUCGUGGGGCACAGCAAGCGGCGAGCCCCGCUGGGACAGCGCCCGGGGAGGGCCCAGAGCUGGGCCCCAACCGCAGGGACCCCCCCGCCCCGCUCCCAUCUGUCUCCCUGGGAGCAGGGAGCCCGGCCAGCAGCCCCGCUCCAGCACGGAGCUGGGGGGGGGGGGGGGCGGAGCAGCGCGCCCACGCCGGGGGCCGAGCCGGCAGCACAGCGCUGGCAGGACGGACAGACGGACGGACAGACAGACAGCCCGCGGGUCAGCGCACCCAGCGGGGCCAAGGGUUUGUUGUGUCUACCGCCGGCCCAAGGAUUUUCCCAGGCCUCGGAGCGCUCGCACCCGGCCCGGGCAGGGGGAGGAAGGAAGGAUGCUCGGGGGCCUCCGCACACGCAUGUGCACGCGGCUCCCGGCGCGCGUGCGAGGCAGCAGCGAGCGAGGGGUUAAGGAGCGGCGCCAGCAGCCCGGGCUCUGUUUAGUCUGGGCCCUGCGCUGGAGACGGGGCCGGGCAGCGCCGAGCGCGGCCGUCACCCCAGGGUGAGCGCUCACGCGGCCGCACUCCCACCCGGGAGCCCACCCGUGGGCUGGGGACCCCCGCGGCGUCCCAGGCGUCGUCGUGACCCCGCGCCUCUUCCCACCCUGAGCGGGGACCGCCGGGCGGCCGGGCUGCUCCGCGCUUCGAGGGGAGCAGCGCCAUGUCCCUGGGCGCGCCCAGCAGCAGCGACGCCUGCCUGAGCAUCGUGCACAGCCUGAUGUGCCACCGGCAGGGCGGGGAGAACGAGAGCUUCGCCAAGCGGGCCAUCGAGAGCCUGGUCAAGAAGCUCAAGGAGAAGAAGGACGAGCUCGACUCGCUCAUCGCCGCCAUCACCACCAACGGCGCCCACCCCAGCAAGUGCGUCACCAUCCAGCGCACCUUGGACGGAUAUGGGGGGCGAAUAGGAGGUGGAUGGGGUAGGAGGGAUUGGAGGAGACUACGGGGGGGGUGGCGGGGUCGGUGUGUAACGCAAGGGCGAUGGGCAGGACAGGAGGGAGAUGCAGGGAGCAAACGGGAGAGCCGUGGGGCAGAAGUGGGGCAGCUGGGGGUUGGGAACGGGGCUGCUGGGGGGCUGACGGUCUCCCCGGGCAGGUUGCACAUCGGGAAGGGCGUGCAGCUGGAGUGCCGGGGCGAGGGCGACGUGUGGAUGCGGUGCCUGAGCGACCACGCCGUCUUCGUGCAGAGCUACUACCUGGACCGCGAGGCGGGCAGGGCCCCCGGCGACGCCGUGCACAAGAUUUACCCCGGAGCCUACAUCAAGGUAUUCGACCUUCGCCAGUGCCACCGGCAGAUGCAGCAGCAAGCGGCCACCGCCCAGGCCGCCGCCCAAGCCCAAGCGGCCGCCGUGGCCGGGAACAUCCCGGGACCCGGCUCGGUGGGCGGCAUCGCUCCGGCCGUGGGGCUGUCGGCGGCGGCCGGGAUCGGCGUGGACGACCUGCGGCGGCUGUGCAUCCUGCGGCUCAGCUUCGUCAAGGGCUGGGGGCCCGACUACCCGCGGCAGAGCAUCAAGCACACGCCGUGCUGGAUCGAGGUGCACCUGCACCGCGCGCUGCAGCUGCUGGACGAGGUGUUGCAUGCCAUGCCGGCCGCAGAGCACGGCCCGCUGCGCUGAGCGCCCCGUGUGUGAGGACGAGGAAGAAGGAAAGGAAAAAAAAGCGGGGGGAAAAAGUGGGGGAAAAAAGAAGUGGGGGAAAAUGGGGAA